GAAAAAACUACAUUUCCCAUCAGGAAGCACAGCCUGACAUUUCGGUAUAUGAACAGAGGUGUCUGGUUAGUCUGGUCCUGAGUUGGGAGAGCGCAGGUCCUAGAGGAACGAACAUACAAUCUCUUUCAAUAUGGCGGAACCAAUCCGUGUGCUAGUGACGGGUGCUGCGGGUCAGAUUGCAUACUCUCUGCUCUUCAGCAUUGCCAAAGGAGAUGUAUUCGGCAAGGACCAGCCAAUCAUCUUGGUGCUCCUGGACAUCCCGCCUAUGCUGCCCGUGCUGGACGGCGUCGUGAUGGAGCUGCAGGACUGCGCUCUCCCGCUCCUCAGAGAGGUGAUUCCUACUGAUAAGGUGGAGGUGGGAUUUAAGGACCUGGAUGCUGCCAUCUUGGUGGGCUCCAUGCCCAGGAAGGAGGGGAUGGAGAGGAAAGACCUGCUCAAGGCCAACGUGGCCAUCUUCAAGACGCAGGGAGCGGCUCUGGAUAAGUACGCCAAGAAGACAGUCAAGGUGCUGGUGGUGGGAAACCCGGCCAACACCAACUGCCUGAUUGCGUCCAAAUCCGCGCCGUCCAUCCCGAAGGAGAACUUCUCCUGCCUGACCAGGCUGGACCAUAACAGGGCCCGCUCACAGGUGGCGAUGCGUGUGGGCGUGUCCUCGGACAGAGUGAAGAACGUGAUCAUCUGGGGAAACCACUCGUCCACGCAGUACCCCGACGUCCACCACGCCACCGUCAACCUGGGCGGCAAAGAGGAGUCCGCCUAUGACGCCGUGAAGGACGACAGCUGGCUGAAUGGAGACUUCAUCUCCACGGUGCAGCAGCGCGGUGCGGCCGUGAUCAAAGCCAGGAAGCUGUCCAGCGCCAUGUCUGCUGCGAAGGCCAUUUGUGACCACAUGAGGGACAUCUGGUUCGGCACUCCUGAUGGUGAGUUUGUGUCAAUGGGAGUUUACUCCACUGGGAACUCCUACGGCGUUUCCGAUGACCUCAUGUACUCCUUCCCUGUCACCAUCAAGAACAAGACCUGGCAGGUGGUGGACGGUCUGCCAAUUGACGACUUCUCACGUGGCAAGAUGGACGCCACGGCGGCCGAGCUGAUAGACGAGCGAGACACGGCGGUGUCCUUUCUCGCUGCAUGACUACCUGAUUCCACCACAAAUUCCUCCAAACUGUAAAACUUGCCUGUUUCUACAAGCUGUAAGGGAACAAGCAGCAUCUGAGCUAUUUCAUUUCAGUGAGGCAAUAACAAGAGUAGAAUCAGUUUAACUUUUGGAAACGCACGUUGGUUGUUCCCCUUUGUCAAAAAUGUAACUCCACUCUUAAUAAAAGGAACGUCUUAAAUAAA